AUGGAUUCGGAGUCGGAGCUCUCAUCACUCCUUAUUCAAGUAAACUCUGUCUUCAUCUCUACGGAUUCGUAUAUCGUGAGGCAGUCAAAGUUCGCAUCACGCAUUACUCAACUAAUCUCUCUCAUCAGGUCUAUGAAUUUGGAUUCGCUGCCGAAGCCAGAAUCAGAGCUCAUAUCACUUAUUAAGAAGUUACUCUCUCUUUUCAACUCUAUAUCAGAAGCAGAACCGGAAUUGGAGCUCGUAUCACGCGUUAAUCAAAUAAUGUCUCUCGUCAGCUCUGUAGAUUCGGAUUUGGAGCCGAGGCCAGAGCUCAUAUCACUCACUAUUCAAACAAUGUCUCUCUUCAACUCUAUAUCAAGAUCAGAACCGGAGUCAGAACUAGUAUCUCUCAUUAAUCAAAUAAUAUCCCUCAUCAGCUCUGAAGAUUCGGAUUCGGAGCCAACGUCAAAAUCCAUGAACUCAGAGCCGGAGCGGUACGUUUCCUUAUGCCCUCAAGUAGAAGUGAAACUUGAAGAAGGCAAAUUUCGUGUGACUGGAAAAGUCCAACGGGGGAGGAAUGAAAAGGGGGCAUGUGACCCUAGAAACAAAGAUUUCCACAACAUAACAACAGGAGAUUACACCGCUCACUUUCGCUGCCGAGAUUGCAAUGGCGAGGACCAUGAAGAAUAUGAAAAGGCUCUAGUCGAGGUCAAACACCCUCUUCAUCGAAAACAUUCUCUCCAGCUUGUCAUGUUGAGAAUGAAUAGUAGGACCAGGGAAUGCUACUGUUGUGAUGAAUAUCUCAGUGGGAUAUUUUAUUAUUGCUCAGUUUGCGACUAUGCUAUGAAUAUAGCUUGUGUGGAGGUUUCACAACUCUUAACUAUGGACCACCCAAAGUGGCAUGAGCAUACACUCAUUCUGUUCCCAAGACAAGCUUUCUUAACUUGUGAUGUCUGUGCCUUGGCCGAUUCAAGCUCCCCUAUGUAUAUGUGUCCCCCUUGUGACUUUGUUGUCCAUCGAAGAUGCAUCAACUUACCACAAGUCAUAAGGAUAUCCCGCCAUCUCCAUCGUAUCUCUUAUACCUCUUCCUUUGACCAGGGAGAUCGGUCUUGUGGUGUUUGUCGGUUAAAGAUUAACAAUGAUUGUGGAGGUUAUACUUGCAUCAAAAAUGAUUGUUCAUAUGUGGCACAUUCAAGAUGUGCCACACAAAGAAAUAUUUGGGAUGGUAAAGAUUUUGAGGGAGAGCCGGAAGACACUGAAGAAGAAGUUGCACCGUUUGUGAGGAUACGUGAUGGGAUCAUACAACAUUUCAGUCAUGAACAUCAUUAUUUGAAACUUGAUGAGAGCCCGAGUAGAGACUACAACGACAAUAAGCACUGUCAAGCAUGUAUCAUGCCAAUCUCUUCUGGUAACUUCUAUUCUUGUAUGCACUGUGAGUUCAUUCUACAUGAAACUUGUGCAAAUCUUUCUCGCAAAACACAUCAUCCGACACAUCCGCAUUUGCUCACUUUAGUGGUUAAACAAGUCGAAAGAAUUCAGACGUUGCUUCCAUGUUCAGUGUGCCUUUCCCUUUGCACUGGUUUCUUCUAUAAGUGCUUUGAAAAAGGAUGUCGCUUUAAGGCACACGUGCAGUGCACCACAAUUUCUGAGCCAUUAGUCCAUGAAAGUCAUAUGCAUCCUUUGUUCUUGACAUCCAAACCUGGAGAGCGGAGAACAUGUUGUGUUUGCAAAGCGGUUUGCAUAGCUUCACAAGAGGUUUCCAUAAUUUCACAUGAUGCUCGCAGGGAAGCAUUCAAUUGCACUGAGUGCAACUUUUCUUUGUGUUUCGAAUGUGCUACUUUACCUCAAAAGAUGAGGUAUAAGCAUGAUAAACACAUGCUAACUCUUUCUUAUGGGAAGGACACAAAUACCAUAAUGUAUUGGUGUGAAGCUUGCGAGAGAAAAAUAACCCAGAAAGAGGGGUUUUAUAAGUGUGAUGAGUAUUGUUGUGUCACCUUACACAUUGAAUGUCUUCUUGGGCGGGACGUCUACAUGAAGCCCGGUUUAUUGUUCAUAUGGUCCACUCAUACAAAAAUAGAUGCUCUGGACAAUAAUAAUUGUAUGUCGCGACCUAUUUGCAUCACUUGUAAGGAGCGCUGUCCAUACAAAAUAGUUUUCUUAAGUUUUGGAUAUAUAUAUUGUUCCAUGUCUUGUGUACGUAAGUUUCAGAACUAG